GCUUUGAGCAGACUUCGGUGGUGGCGGGGGCGGCCUGCUAAGGUGUCAUGGCUGCUGCUACGGAGCUUAACAGUCAGAGCCGCGGUGACAGGAGCCUGGAGCGAAGCUGCAGCCCCAGCUUGUCCCAAGAGGUGCUCUGCGAAAUCUUCCGCUCCCUGCACACCCUGGUUGGACAGCUUAACCUCAGAGAUGAUGUGGUGAAAAUUACAAUCGAUUGGAACAAGCUCCAGAGCCUCUCGGCAUGCCAGCCUGCAUUGCUCUUUAGUGCACUUGAGCAACAUGUUUUAUUUUUACAGCCAUUUUUAGCAAAACUUCAGCCUCUGAUUAAAGAGGAAAAUGCGACUGCUGUUGAAGAGAUAGGAAAAACAGAAACAGGGAACAAGAAUGAAGCAAAUGCCAAAUUUCCCCUUGGCGACCUACAAGAGGAAGAAAAACACAAAGACUGUGAUUUAGCAGAUGUGAAAAAGACACAGAUUCAUUUUGAUCCAGAAGUAGUUCAGAUAAAGGCUGGAAAAGCAGAAAUUGACAGACGAAUAUCUGCAUUUAUUGAAAGAAAGCAAGCUGAAAUCAAUGAAAACAACGUCAGGGAAUUUUGCAAUGUUAUUGAUUGUAAUCAAGAAAAUAGUUGUGCAAGAACUGAUGCCGUUUUUACCCCUUAUCCUGGAUUUAAAAGUCAUGUAAAGGUUUCUAGAGUUGUGAAUACAUAUGGACCACAGACUAGACCUGAAGGAAUUCAAGGGUCGGGUCAUAACCCUAACAGCAUGCUUCGAGAUUGUGGUAAUCAGGCUGUAGAAGAACGACUGCAAAAUAUUGAGGCUCACUUGCGCUUGCAAACAGGUGGCCCAGUGCCAAGAGACAUUUACCAGAGAAUUAAAAAGCUUGAAGAUAAAAUCCUUGAAUUGGAAGGCAUCUCUCCUGAAUAUUUCCAGUCUGUACACUUCACAGGAAAAAGAAGAAAAGUUCAACCACCUCAACAGAACUAUUCAUUGGCAGAACUUGAUGAGAAAAUUAGUGCCCUCAAACAAGCCCUGCUCAGAAAAUCAAGAGAAGCAGAAUCCAUGGCAACUCACCACCUUCCAUGAAGAACUCCUCUCCUCCUUGUCAUUUUAUUUUUUUAUAUACAU